GCCACACAUUUUAGACACAGUCCCAGCGUACCGAUUUGAAACGCACCCAAAAAUAGUCAUUACAGCAUUCUUAAAGGUUCUCUCGCUCACACACACACUCACACACACACACACACACCGUCAGUCCCCUUCACCACUUUCCUAUUAUAGACCACCACCACACAGAUUUAAGCGCCAGCGGGGACGCGCAUGCGCAAAGCUGACACCCGCACACAGGCUCGCGCGGCUCCACACGAUGGAGUCUGUAACGCAGGAGGUUUGCCCCGACCCUCAUGACAUUAAUAAUUCAGCAACCGACGCAGGAGCUGAGGCCUACCUAGACUUUAUGAAGAAGCACUGCUGUUAUGACGCCAUUCCCACCAGCUGUAAGCUCAUUAUUUUCGACACAGCUCUGCAGGUAAAGAAAGCCUUCUUUGCGUUAGUGGCAAACAGUUUACGAGCAGCGCCGCUAUGGGACAGCAAACUGCAGAGAUUUGUGGGUAUGCUGACCAUCACAGACUUCAUCAACAUUCUCCAUCGCUACUAUAAAUCCCCACUGGUUCAAAUUUAUGAGCUGGAGGAUCACAAGAUUCAGACAUGGAGAGGUGAUUCAUUUCAAAACGUUUACCUGCAGUACUAUAGUCAGAGCCUCAUCAGCAUCACACCUGAAGCCAGCCUUUUCGACGCUGUUUAUUCCUUACUGAAGCACAAAAUCCACCGUCUGCCCGUCAUCGACCCCGAAUCCGGGAACGUCCUGCACAUUUUAACCCACAAGCGAAUUCUCAAAUUCCUGUAUAUAUUUAGAGCCACGAUCCCAACGCCACGGUUUCUGCAGAGGAAAAUUGAAGAAGCUGGAGUCGGGACAUUCAGAGACAUCGCCACCAUACAGCAGACGGCCACCGUGUACGACGCGUUGUCCAUUUUCGCCGAGAGACGAGUAUCUGCUCUGCCUGUGGUGGAUGAAAAUGGUAAGGUAGUGGCUCUUUACUCAAGAUUUGACGUGAUAAAUCUGGCAGCGCAGAAAACCUACAACAACCUGAGCAUGAGCAUGAAGGAGGCGUUGAGGAGACGCCGCUGUUUCGUCGAGGAAGUCAUCAAGUGUUAUCCCGACGAAACCUUGGAGGACGCUGUUGACCGAAUCGCUGAUGCAGAGGUUCACAGGCUGGUUCUGGUGGACCGAGAAGACCACACGGUUCGAGGCAUCAUCUCCCUCUCAGAUCUCCUCCAGGCCAUGAUCUUAUCUCCGGCGGGAAUCGACGCUCUGCUCGCUUAGCCGUAAUGUGACGGGUCCAAUCUUCAACAGCUGCUAAACUGAAAAUUGUGUCUUUUUUUAUUUGUAUUUUUUGCUGUAAAUAAGUUUUUGUACGAUUUGUGUCCACACAGCGGAAAUUAAACACGGCUUUGCUGAAAUCUGAAAUGGACAUGCUAUUUAUUAUUAUGUGUUUGGCGUCAUGUAUGGGAUGAUCUCCUUUCCGCUUUGAUUAGUAAAAUAUUUUACUGUGUAAGAGGCGUGUGUGUGUGUGUGUGUGUGUGUGUGGUGGUUCAUGUUACAGAAUAUUAUUGAUAUGCACACAUAUUCGUUGAUGGGAAUGCUAAACUCUGCCAUCGUUCCGCUUUUAUUAUUAAUCUUAAUAAAUAUACAGGACCGUUCGGGAUCAACUCGCUUCUAUACUCUGCACUAAAACAAAACAUAUUCAUUCCUCCAA